GACAGCCGGGAAAGAUAUCCGUAAACAUGAAACAGGAGAGUAAGUUGAGUUCCGUCUUUGAGUUAACUCUGCAAAUUCACGAUCGAUAUUUCUUCAUUCUUGGAGUUGAUUUAUGUGUUGAAAAGUCUCACUAUAUCUGAGAAGAAGGGCUUCUUGUCUGAAUUGGUUAUUUUGACUUGAAAUAUUGAGGACAUCAAUUAAUUCAAGAACUGCGGACCGCAUUCGGGAGUAAACUACAUUGCUUUUCUUUAUAAUGAUGGCCUAUAUCUAAAACCCAUCUAGAAUGGCAGAAGAAAUAACUAAAGAACCCAUUGCAAUGUCAAAUGCUACAAAGGAGGAUGCCAAAGAGAGUGAGAAUCCUGUGGUGAGAAGUACAGAAGAAGCAAGUCUUAAAGACCCCAUAUCUGUGUCCAGGGAUGGGGACCCUGUUGAAAAUUCUAAUGAGCCUAAUGGGAUUGCUGUGGUUUCUGAGUCUAGGAAACAGGAACAAGAAACAGAAUCUGAGGUUCCUGUGGUAAGUGACCAAAAUGAUAAAGAUUGUAAGUCUGGGCUACCAGUGUCAUUGCCAAUUGCCCCAGAGGCUAGUGGUGAUGAUGGCAAAGAAGUGUUUGAAUCACUUAUGGAGAUUGUCAGUAGUAAUUGCAAAGAAAGUCAGAAAACCAGUGCUAGUGGUGCUUGUGAUGAACCAAAUGAAGGUGAAAUUGAGGUUUUAGAUAGCGGUGUUGAGCGUGCCAAUCUUACUGGUAAAUGUGAAACAGAAGAAGCAAAAGAAAUGGAAGGGCAUCCAAGCCAGAGCAGACUCUCAGCUGCUGUAACCGACCUGUCUGAUCUUGAGGAGCAGUUGUCUUCCAUUUUAAGAAAAAAUUCAAGUGGUACUGAAAUAGAGGUGUUUAAUUUUGAUACACCACAAGAUGGUACCAGUGAAACAAAUGAUUGGGAACCAACUGCCUCUGAUGCUAAUGCCAGUCAAGAUGCAAUAGCAGAUACUGAGAGCAAAGCAUCACAAGGUGAUGGUGCCGGGGAAGUUUUUAAUGCUGAAGCUGUAGAAACUGUGCCUGUAAAUGGUAAUAGCAACACUAAGCCUAAAAAGAAAUCAUCAGUUUCCAUUGAUCAGUUUCCAGAUGGUGUUGCACCAAAGGAAAGUAGUGUUGAAAAAACAUUAGCGAAUAAGCAUAUUGAUGAAAAUGGAGAGGUCAAAUCUGGGCAGGAAAUAUCAGAAGAAUCAGGAGCAUCAGUCUAUGCUUCUCCUUGUAAUGGAAGUGGUUUUGAUGAAAGGGAAGGGUCAAUUGAAAAGCUGUAUAGCCUGUCAGAAAGCUCAUCAGAGAAUAUCAAGGUGAAUGUAUCAUCUGAUGAUGACAAAGGAGGCUCAGAAGAACCACAGCAACACCAGCUUGCAGAUGAUGACAAGGAAGACAGGUUAGAUACUAGUGAUGCAGAAAAUAAACAGGUUGAAGAAGAUAAGAUCGAUGAGAAAGAACGAGAAAAUGUUGUUGAACAGGUUGGAAGUAAAGGGCAAAACGAGGCCAUGACUUUAGAGAAUGCUUUGUCUGAGAAUAAAGAAAAUUUGAACCAAGGAACAAGUGGACUAGCUGUCGUAGUUGACCAAGAACAGUCCAAUGGUGAACUUAUCAAAGAAAAGGCUGAAAACGACUCCACAAGCGAUAACACAAAAGAAGAUGAAAGCCCUAGUGAGACGUCACAAGCUGUUCCCCCAGUGCCAGAUAUUGAGAUCGUAACCUCUGAUGAGAAUGGCAUCUUAGUUACUGAUGAGAGUAGUGGAGUAGAUUCUAAAAGUUUAGAUUCGCUGGAUGUGCUUGAUGAUCGACACUCUGAUAUGUCUGAUGUUGACUCGGACUCCAAGUCAGAUUUUGGAGACGAUGAUAGCGCAUUUGGGGACAACGAUGAGGCUGUUAAGAACAAGUUUCUGGAUAUUGAACGGGAUCGCUUUGGGUCCGAUUCAUCUACAGUAUCAGAAAGGGAGUUCAAGCAGUCUGCACCUGUUGAUGGAAAUACAGCUAUGGCAAUACUCAGCGGCCAUCUAUUGAAGCUUGGAGGGACCGGUUUAACCCCAAGGAACUGGAGAAAGCGAUGGUUUGUGCUGAAAGAAGACAACAAUUUGUAUUAUUACAAACACUCCAAGGACACGUCACCGUGUGGGGUGAUAGUUCUUCAAAACUACUCCGUGUCGAAAGCCCCAGAAUCUAACAAAAAGCAUUGCUUCAAGCUGAACAAGGGCGGCGCUCGCUGCUACCAUUUUAGUGCUGCAAGUGAGGCUGACAUGAAGGCAUGGAUGGUUGCCCUCAUGCAAGCGGCGUCCACUGUAUCAAAACCAGGGGCUGGAUUUCAGCUUCUUGAGGGCAAUGUCCACAACGUCAGCAUUCCUGCCCUGUCAAUCAGACAUCCGGAUUGCCAUGGUUACCUCUCUAAGCAAGGUCACAAAGUGAAAUCCUGGAAGCGCCGAUACUGCGUGCUGAAGAAUGGUUAUCUUUACUACUACUCCGACAUGGCAAACAACACCGCGCUGGGCGUGGCUAAGCUUCUAGGGUUUACUCUAGAGAAGGGUGAGAACAAGGGAAAACACUUUUGUUACCAUGCCAACGCACCGGAAGCGGGAAUGAGGAGCUAUUGCUUCGCUGCAGAGACUGAUGCCGACAGAGAGAGGUGGAUGUCAAAAAUGGAAGAAUCCAUAAGAAGAGGAGCACAUGAUUAAACCAAUGGUCUGUACUAUGUUUUUAAGAUCAAUACUGUACCAUAACAUCGCCUUAUGGUGAUGCGAGAAACAUUAUGGCGUGCAUUAGUAUCUUUGCUCACGAAAAUGCCAUUUGGAACGUUUACACGUAUCUUCCCUCUUGCCCCGCGCACUGUGUCCUCGACAGCGCCAUGAGACCUUGGACAUAAGGCAUGGAGUGAGACAAGAUCGCACCAUCGUUUACACGUAUCCCCCCUCUUGCCCCGCGCACUGUGUCCUCGACAGCGCCAUGAGACCUUGGACAUAGGGCAUGGAGUGAGACAAGAUCGCACCCUCGUUUCCACGUAUCUCCCCUCUUGCCCCGCGCACUGUGCCCUCGACAGCGCCAUGAGACCUUGGACAUAGGGCAUGGAGUGAGACAAGAUCGUACCCUCGUUUCCACGUAUCUCCCCUCUUGCCCCGCUCACUGUGCCCUCGACAGCGCCAUGAGACCUUGGACAUAGGGCAUGGGGCGAGACAAGAUCGCACCCUCGUUUCCACUACUCUCCUUUGUUGUACUGCGCACUGUGUCCUCGACGGCACAAUGAGACCUGGGAUAUAGGGCAUGGGGCGAGGAGCGGAUAGCCUCGUUUCCACGUCUCUCCUCCCUUGCACUGCGCACUGUGUCCUUAACAGCGCCAUGAGACCUGGGAUAUAGGGCAUGGGGCGAGACAAGAGCGGAUAGCCUCGUCUCCACGUCUCUCCCCUACUAUUGCACUGAGUUCCCGCGACAACACCGAGAAGUGAAAAAUCAUAGCAACGGAGAUGAUCAGUAAAACCACAAGUUUGAAAUGUGUGAGGGUUUAAAAGAAGGCAGUUUUAGCGAAAUUCAAUAUAAUAUAUAGGAAUGUAGAAAUUAUAGACACUUUUUACGCUUUAAGCUUUUUACGUCAUCGUCCAUAGGAAAUUAAUGUUGAUAUGAAGUCUAGUUUUCAUUUAAAAUAUUCGUAUGUAUCAUUCGAUUCGUCACGCGCCGCUGUACAAUAUUUUAUCUGUUCGUUGUUGUUGCGUUCGUUUGUUUUAUACUAUAUACAAACGUGCAAAAGGGCGUAAACUAAAGUUAUGACUGUCUGUAAACCAAAGAGAGACCAGGUUGCUCAUCGUGCCAUGACAGUCUAUUGCGCUGCCUAAUAGCGCAUUCACACAAGCACUUAAACCAGUUUAAAGGUCGUUGAAUUGAACUGGUUUAAAUCUAAAUCUCCCAAAAGUGGACAGAACCAAGAACAAAACUGAACAGACUGUGCUGUACAUGUAACUAAGUGAUCAUUUAGAUAGUAAGAAUUCAACACAAUGAGACAAUUGGCAGUUAUUAGGCAAAGAAAAACCUUGUUUAACUAAACAUGGUUUUGGUGUGAAUACAGCAUAAGAUUCAGAGGAAAGACAAACGAAUGCCGAUCGCCACGGUGCGACCAGCGUCUAGCGAAACACCCAGGCGGUAGCAGCUUUUGUAAAUUGUCUGUGUAUAGUAAAACCUGGAUUUAACGAUAACUUCGAUUUUAAGAAGGCGUUCCUUUCUCGCGGCGCAAAUACGGUGAAAUGUAUAAGAAAUUACCUCGAUCUAACGGUAUUGGAUACAACGAUAAAAAUCUGUUUUCCCGAAUGUAAUUUUGACCUCGAUACAACGAUAUUACUGAUUCUGUCUAUCAACAUAAAAAGAAAAACUCAAGAUACCCAGACACUGAGACACGUACAGUACAAUUUAUCUAUUUUUUGACUUGACAGAUCUUGUUAAAUACAGAUUACAGUAUUAAAGAGAGUAACUGAA